UUUUUAUUCAUUUUCCUUUAUUUCCAUUAAAAUAAAAUUUAAAACGAAGAGAAGAAAGCAUUUACCCUACAUUGAAAAAAAGAAAGGGGAAGCUUUAAAAGAGCCUAUAAUAAUUUCAGAAGCUGACCAAAUUAUGCAACAAGCAUUAGAGAAUGUUCAACAACUUAGGCAAGAAGCUAAUAUUCCUAGGAAAAAAGUAUCCGAGGUUGCCAAGAAUUUAGUAGAAUUUUGUGAGAGCCGGAAGGAUAACGACUGUUUUGUGACGGGACAUAUCGAAAACAAUCCUUAUCAGGAAAAGAAGUCUUGCUUGUUAUUAUGA